CCUUCUGUCUGCGAUGCAGGUGGUGACGUACCUGGCUGGCUGCGGGCUGCAGAUGUGUCCAAUGCUCUUGUCUAAAGGAUAUCCUGACAUUGGCUGGAACCCCUGUGGAGGAGAGAGAUAUCUGGACUUCCUUCGCUUUGCUGUCUUUGUCAACGGAGAGAGCGUGGAGGAGAACGCCAACGUGGUGGUGCGGCUGCUCAUCCGUCGCCCCGAGUGCUUCGGCCCGGCCCUGAGAGGAGAGGGCGGCAAUGGCCUCCUGGCAGCUAUGGAGGAGGCCAUCAAGAUCUCCGAGGACCCAGCAAGAGACGGUCCAACGGUUAAAAAAGACAGACGGUUCAUGUGUGUGUUCAGAGGCUCUUCCAUC